CUUCACUCUUGGGGUAUACAGACCACCAGACUUUCAUGCCAACUUCUAAAAAGACCAGUUGCCUGUCAUUUUCUUGUGUUUUCUCUUGUGCAGGUCUCUCAGGCAGCUGCAGAGCUUCAGCAGUAUUGUAUGCAGAAUGCUUGCAAAGAUGCUUUGCUUGUUGGAGUUCCAGCUGGAAGCAACCCAUUUCGAGAGCCCAGGUCCUGCGCUUUGCUCUGAAGACAGGAAAGGUUUUCUGAAAGUUCUCAAGUACAAGAAGAAUCCCAGAGGUCUUCCUUGUUUUCCAGACCAACACUUUCUCUAUGUAGGGCCCAAAUGGUUUCUUUAGAUAUUUAUUAGUCUGCCUGACUGUCUUAGUAAAUGGUUAGAUCUUUUGCUAAUAUAAAGCAUUUUAUAAGGAAAAGCUUUUCCUUUUGUAAUUGAAUCAAUAUCCUUUCUUUAGUCAUCUGAGAUGUUUACAUUUAGAAAAGGACAAUGCCAAUGAUGUGUUUCUAUUGUGCCUGAAUGAAACAUGUAUUAGGUACCUUCUUACUAACAGCUUUUUGUUUUCUGAUCAGAGAUACUUUCAAGUAGGUUUGAUCCAGGCAAAGUUGACCUUUUAAGGCUGCAGUUUUACACAUAUUUGUUAAUUGUGAAUAAAUGUGAUACACUUAACAAGGGAGCUAUAUCUCCCAGUUGAUACAAGUAGAACUUCAGGCAUAUUCCCAUUCUAAAACUGAGGCUCCUUUAAAAAUACUUUGCAUUGGUUGGGGGUACCCAGUUGUGAAGGGAAAGGUGCUUCUCUGUCCCAAUUGGCCCGAAUGAAGACGAUGCAUGUCAUGUUUGGAGGCAUUUACUAUAACCCUCUUGAGCGCCCAAGCCGCAGUUUUUCCCAGAAAUAUAAGCUUGCUCUUUAGCUGUUCAGUGGAUUAAGAGGAACAGAACUGUAUGGGUAUCUCUCUCUAUAUAUAUAUCUUGCCCUCCCUUCUGUUUGGAGUGGCGAGUACAGGUACUCUCCGGGUUAAGAACACCCAGGUUCCAGACAACUCAUAGCUAAGAACGGAGCCCAUUGUAGCAACAUUCAGAUUAAAUACACAAUGAUUCGACUUAAAUACACAAUGGUUCGAGAUAAUUACACAAUACUAUUAUACAGUAUUAUGCA